AUGGAAACGACGCAAGCAGCACCUCAUCUUCCACCAGAAACUCUGGUAGAAAUCUUUAGUAUUGUUGGAGAAUAUAAUAUAAAAACAUUAUAUUCUUGCCUCCUUGUAAAUAAAUUUUGGUGUGAGAGUGCUGCUUUAAUGUUAUGGAAAAGACCAUUUGAAGUAACUUCAUUAAGAGCUUCAGCAAAAUUAGUCAGCAUAUAUUUUUUAUUCUUUUCUAAAGAGACGAAAGCUAAAUUACUUAACGUCGAUGGAAUAGACGUAUCUCAUCCAACAUUACGACAACCAAAAAUAGAUUAUUUGGCAUAUUUAAGGCAUAUUGACUUUAACAUGGUGUAUCGUGCUGUACGCAUGUGGGUUAGUUAUCAAACAUUAAAUGAACCUUUUAAUUUAGAACUCAAGAAAAAACAAA